GCGGGGGAAGUUUUUCGCCACAUGAUCCCUCCUCUUCCCUGCGUGUGACGUCAUACGCAAGGGUCAGAGUGAGGGAGGAAGUUCACCGGGACGCCAGAAUCGUCUUGUCAAGCCCUGACAAUGGAUAAAUGGCUUAAAAAAUCACAACCACAGGACUCCCACGUGACUGAGGAAUGUGCCAGUAGUAGCAAAGAACCACCAACAAAGAAGACACGAGCAUUGGAAGUAGAAAAUCGCAAAAUCAAAGAAGAAUGGGAAAUUGAGUUUUUUGUGACAGAAAAGGACUCCAAGCCAUAUUGUCUGCUUUGCAACAAAACUCUUGCUAUCGGUAAAAAAUACAAUGUGAAACGUCAUUAUGACACAACUCACGCUGAAAUGGAGAAGAGAUUUCCUCCUAAAUCUGAGCAAAGAAAGCAGGAGUUAGAAAAGAUAAAAAGGCAGCUGAAUGCGCAGGCAGAGCGAAUGAGAAAAUUCAUAGGUGAAGGUGACAUGAUCCAAAUUGCCACACUAAGAUGCUCUUGGAUUUUGGCGAGGCGAAAGAAAUCUUUUGCAGAUGCAGAAAUGCUGAAAGAAACUCUACUAGCAGCACUGGAAGCUCUUACUUUUGACUUUACCGAAAAAGAAAGAGAAAAACUGACAAAAAGAGUCAAGAUGAUGCCGUUAAGCCGACAAACGACAGCUAGACGAAUCGUCAAUUUGUCUCAGAAUAUUGAAGAUCAACUGAAAAAAGAGCUGAAUUCUUGUCUCUCAUUUAGUAUCGCUCUUGAUGAAUCCACCGACAUGAGAGACACUGCGCAGUUGUGCAUUUGGAUAAGACUGGUCACCAAAGAUUUUGAAGUGAAGGAAGAAUUACUAGCCUUGUCCCCAAUUAAUGACCGAACACGAGGAUGCAAUAUACUUCAAGCUGCCAGUAAGGAGUUUGAAAAAUUUGGAUUAAAUAUGCAAAAACUGACUUCACUUGCCACAGACGGGGCACCUUCAAUGAAAGGGAAAAAUGAAGGUUUCAGCAGAUUGUUCCAAUUAAAGGAGAAAGUUUGUGUUCCCAGCUUCCACUGCAUUAUACAUCAGGAGAGUUUGUGUUGUGAACUGUUUAAGUCAGGUGAAUUGCACGAGGUGAUGGAAGAAGUAAUAAAGAUUGUAAAUUUUAUCCGUGCUCGUGCCCUCAACCAUCGGCAAUUUCUGGGAUACCUGGAAGAAGUUGAAGCAGAGUAUGGAGAUUUAAUAUAUUUUAAUGUAGUCAGAUGGUUAAGUCGCGGAAAUGUGUUGAAAAGGUUUACAGAGCUGCUUCCACAGAUAAGGGAUUUUUUGGAAUUAAAAUGCUCCCAGAGACCCAACUUGUCAGACCCUCAGUGGCUCACAAAGCUGUACUUCCUUACAGAAUUGACAAGACACCUGAACACACUGAACUUGAAACUACAGGGAAGAAACAAAAGCAUUGCAGAUUUGUACAAAGAAGUCCAGAUAUUCAGACUGAAACUGGACAUGUGGAUUGAGCAAAUAGCACUGGGAGAUUGCACUCAUUUCCCAUUGCUAAACUCCCCUGAACUCAGUGGAGUCCCAGAUUUUAAACAACUGGAGAGCUAUUUGCUUGAAACAAAAUCCCAAUUUCAAAAAAGGUUCAAGGACUUUGAUGAGUUUAGUUCAUGCUUUGACUUUCUUCGCCUCCCUUUGAAAUGCAAGCCUCAGGAUGUGUCUGAAUUUUCACGAAUAGGCGCUAUCAACAUAGCAAAAUUUCAAGAGGAACUGAUUGAACUAAAAUCGAACUAUGUCCACCAAGAAGACCCAGUGUCUCUGGACUUUUGGAGACAGAUAUAUAAAUCACAAAACUAUCCAGAAACUUCGACCUAUGUUGCCAAGCUCUGGGCAAUGUUUGGGUCUACUUGGCUCUGUGAAAGCACAUUCUCGUUUAUGAAGCUGCUCAAAUCCAAGCUGAGAGCCACAUUAAGUGAUGUUAACUUGGAAUCCGAAUUAAGAUGUGGCCUGACUGAAUACACUCCAGAGUUCUCAAACAUAGUUCAGUCAGCUAAUUACCAGUACUCUCAUUAG